ACUGUAGAAUAGGAAUCAACUAUGCAGUACAAGUGACAAGGAAUGUUGCUGUACUUUAUCCACUUCACUAAAUGUUGUGUCAUUGCAACACAUAUGGUGCUGUUGCAACAUUCUCUGGCACUUUAUUUCAAGAGUUCACAGUUCUUACUCCAAAUUAAGGCAUUACCAAUACUGUACAGGCUAUAAGAGUUCAUAUCAUGUCUCCCAGGAAUUUAUUAGGAAGAGAGCAUUUGUAAGGCAUACUCAUGGUGGUAUUAAGCUAGUAGGUCUUACAAGGUUAUUUAAAUACAAUAUCUAGACGGUCCUUCCCUCAUAGUGCUCUUCAAGAGUGAGCUGCUGUCCCCGAGAUAUGCUAGAGACUGUCAUUUGAUUGAAAAUUUCCAAAGGAGGGCCACCACUGGUGCCUGCAUUACGGCACCUCAGUUACCCAGACAGUGCAUGCCCAGUAUUUGUCAACAGUGUGUAACAGAUGCAUGAAUGACCACUUAUGCGGCUAACAAGCCGGUCAGUGGCGUUGAGGAUAAAAACGGAACAGUCACUUUGAUGAGCCAAGCUGAGUACAAUGACAAGCUGGAAACUCAUCAGGCUCUUGUGCAAGCCAAGUCAGGAGAAUUGACACAGCUGAUGGAGACGCUGAAGAAUGUGCGCGAGUGUAAACAACCCCUCACACAGGUGAAAGACACCUUGCAACAAGAAAUCAACAUUGCAAAUGGAGCAAUUAAUACAAUUUCAGAAGAAGCUACACAUCUGAAGCAAAAGCUGCGAUAUCACAGUGUAAAGCAGAUACACGGUAAUAUAGAGAGACUGGAGUACCAACUGCGAAACAACAACUAUAAACCAAGGGAAGAGCAGAAGAUCUUGGAUGAGAUAUCUAUGCUGCAGAGAUCUGUUAAAACUCUUCGGGAAUAUGAAGCCAAACAGGCCGAGAACAAAAAAUAUCGUGCAGAAAGAGCAAGACUGAUUGAAGAACGCAAUAAUAAUUACUCGAAGAUCAGAGCCCUCUAUGCUCAAGAAGAUGAUAUAAAGAAAUCAAUAGCUACUGUCAGGGGAGAUAUUUCAUCAAAUAAGAAAGCUAUUGACCAGCUGAGACAAAUGAAACCCAAGCUGGAACAAGGAUGGAUGGCUCACCACCACAAGCUCCAGGCUGCACGGGCCAAACGAUACGAAGAAAAGAAACGCCUACGGCAAGAACACACAAGAGAGCGUCAAGAGGAAAGACGAAAAUUAUGGGAAGAAUAUGAGGCAAGUAAAGAGCCUUAUGAAGAAGAAAGAAAACUGUGUCAAGUUUUGAUCUCAUACUUGCAGUCUUCACUAGGAGGAAGCACUCCAUGUACACCAGCAUCUUCAGCUAGCCUGCUGUUGUCUCCAAGUACUCCAGGUCUAACACCUGCUACCACUCCAUCAACACCAAGGUCAUCAGCAACCUAUUUAUUUUCUCCUAAUACUCCAACCAGAACAGCAGAUGUCAGUUCACCCUCAAAAAACCAGUCAUUAAAUAAUACAAGUAGUUUAAAUAAACCCUCAACCUCUUCAGAGAGUAAUAGUAGUCCCUCCAAUAUGAUUCCACCAGAUACUUCAGGUUCAUUUUAUUCUAAACCUAAAGAUGAUGAUGAUGGUUUCAUUAAAGUCAGUAAACGACAUAAGGCAAAGACAAAGAGGGAACAAAGAAUGGCAAGCCGUGUGAAGGAGUUGCCUCACACACCCGAUGUCUUACUCAAGUUCUCCAAGCUCUCUAUACCUCCCCCGAAAAAUACUGAUCAAGUUGCAGCAACAAUUGUAUCUAUACAAGAUUGUCUGCAACGUUUUCAUACUUUAUCUCUAAGUGAAACUAAUCAGGUUCAUGAAGAAGAGCCAUCAGAAGAUGCAGGAAAACUCGGUGAAACAAAAUAUUUAAGACCCACUAGUUUAUGUGUGAAAGGGAGUCUAAAUCUUAUGGGAACCACAGAUUACAAAGCACUAGCAACUCCUGUUGCUUCCUCCAGUACUGCUGGGUUAGAGCACAGUUUUCCAGGUACUUCCUCCCCAGGCGUCCACCAACAGACAAUUUCCACCACAAUACCAGUUAUCAGUGUUGCUUCACCAGGUACAUCCUGGGCACCUGUCAUAUCUCCAGACCAAUUUUCUACUAGUGAUAUACCAAGUAAUCUAAAUCAAAUCACAAAGAGUACCCAGAAUAAUCAACCUAUGUAUAAUGGAGUUCAUCCAUCAAUAAGUAGAAUAGCAGAACAAAGUCAUAUAGCACAACAUGAACUAAAUACCAUACCAGAUAUACCACCAGAAAUGAAAAUGUGCAAAGACAUUGUCUCUCAAGGAAACAAUGAAUCUUUUUUCUCGAUGCCUGUAUCAUACCCAAGCAACUUGGUAGAGCUAAACAAUAAUGCUGGUUGUAGCUAUGCUGCAGUAGCUGCUAAGGUCAAUUGUAAUGCUUUUGGUUUGAAUUAAUAUAUUUGUUUUAAUUGUGCAAUUGUAUGGUGUUAUUUUAAGAGCUUGGGUUUUAUUUAAUUGUACAGAAUAAUAUUUACACUCAGUCUAGUCAUUAAUUUAAACUCACUUUAUAAAAUGUAUAUAAAAAUAUUCUGUUAUUUUAUCAAUUUAUGCAUUCAUUGUACAGUAUUGUUAUGCAACUAAUAUAUAUUUUACAUAUUUGUUGCAAUGUUUCAUUUAAUAGGCCUUUAUUGUUUAUUGAUACCUUUUAUUUUGUAAAAUGUUUUAUAUUUAUGUGUUAUUAAACAUCAGCAGUGUCAUAGUCAGUAUUACUGUAUGUGCCAUUACAUAAUGUACUAUGAAUGGAGGAAGUGGCUACAGACCAGGUCUGAUUACCUUUCCUUCCCCCAAUUAGUGCCAGAAAUGCCAUAGCACAUACAGUACAAGAUAAAAGGCUUUUGCACAAAAGAGGUCAAUUUAGUUAGACAUGUGCCUGUACUGUACUGUAGUACGCAUGUGUAAUGAACUGCAGCAACACAUUACCAACAUAUCUUAAGGUCAUUGGGUUAUGUUUGGUCUGACUGAUUCAUGUCUGCUGUUCUUAAGUGGUCUGCUGUACCCAAGAUAUGCUUAGUCACCUAUAGUAAAUACAAAUUGGGAGUCAGUACAGUAAUAGCCUUGAACAUAAUGUUGUUUGUAAUAAUUGUUGUAUGGAUAUAACAAAGGGCUUAACGUAUAGGUGUUGGAGCACUAACAUAAGGUGUUACAGUACUUUACGUCUAAGUCUGAUACCUAAAGCUAAGCAGGGAAAAUAAGGUGAUAUGUACUGCUUUAUAAUUUGAAUUUGGUGAUCCUAAAGACCUUAGCUCUUAUCCAACCCUUAUUGCCUGGGAAGACGACACCUACACACUGGAUGAUAACAAAACCUAUUCUCAGUUUGCUGAAACACAUACUGUGAUUUCAACUGUAUUACAAAACUUGGUGAAAAUGGCACAAAAUACUUAGCAGUGUAUCUCAACAAUUAUGCUUUUAAAAACAAUAUUUUACAAACUGUUUUGUCACUGAGUGGUGCGAAACCUUAAUCCAUUUGCUACGGGGUGCCACUUUUAAUACAGUACAGUAUUUUAUUUGGUUAGGGCAAGACAAUUUUAUUCAGCAAAGAGGAGACCCCAUACACAAGGAGUUAAAGUCUCUGAGUUGUAAUAUUCCAGUAGAGAUCAGCUUCAUGCACAAGCUCUGUGGAAAAGCCUACACCAUUACCUCAAUAAAAUAAUCAAACACUACAGUGAAGUACAGUACUGUACUGUAUCUGUCAACACAAAAUCUACUUUAAGAAAUAUCCUGUUUUUCAAAAGAUCUGAACAUUCUAUAAUACAUAGGAUGCUUAUGAAUUAAUAUUUUACAUGUUAUAUGAGAGUAAAUAAGGAGAAAUUGGACAAUCAGGUAACUGGCUGAGUGACUGUGUGUGUAGUGGUGAGUCUACAGUACUUGCCUUAAUAUGAGUUUGAGGAGUAAGUCAAUUGGUGACUGUAAGAGAAUGAUGACACAUUGAAUGCUAUUUGAAGAUUUAAUAAUAGUGAGAGAGAACAAGUUAGUGUACAGAUACAGUAUUUAUAGAAAUUCAUAAUACAGUACUGUAAUAUGAUUAUAAUACAUGCUUUCCUUGGUAACAUGUUCAUAAUAAUAAUAACCUUACAUAAUUAUCCAAUUUACAGAAGCCUCUCAGUCCAAGACUCUUGAGGUUACAUGUACUGAACUUGACUUUGUUAUUUGAGAACUGAUGUGCAUAGAGUGAUCUUAUAGGUGCAGUACCCUGGCAUUGUGAGGGAAGUACAUGUACAGUACAGCACAGUAGCAGCACUUGCAAAUGUAUAAAAUUUUUCGAGGUUUUACAUUUUGUCAACUAGCUACUGAUAGAUUUGUCUGAACCCUGGACAAUAAUGGCUAUCAGGUCGUAUUACCGUACAUUUUUUUUUUAAAUACAGCCCAUGAAUAAAUUUUAUUCAAAAUAGAUGCAUGGAUAAGAUUUGUUAUCAGUGUACAUUACUAUACUGUACUGUACUUGUAAACAUAUGCACAAAUCUACAGACCCAAUGGUGGUACUGUACUGUAUUGGCAAGGUUGCUAAUAAAAUGGGGCCUCAUCCAAAUAUACCCUGAACUACUUAAAACAUAUUGUUCACUUUUGUGUUUGUGAAAUGGAAAAUUGACAGCCACACUUUCUAUAGUUGUCUGCAGUUUGUACAUUUGUUUAUCCCAACCCCCCAUGUGAUCAAAGUUUAUCCGUCCCUUUGUCUGUUGGUUGUGUUGGUACCUACAGAUAACUUUUUCUGUGUUAUGAAGAACAUGAGAAAUCACAUUAAUACCAAAUCUGUGUUUUAAUACAAUUGUACCUCUAUGUCCAUGUAUGUUGUCCAAACUUUAUCCGUCCGUUUGUAUGUAAUGUUCAUAAUCCAUCUGAUAAUACGUUAUAAUGUUCAACUUGUUAUCUCAGCUCUCAUAUCAAUUAAUCAUCUCUAUAAUUUCCCCCCUUUCUUUAAGGUUUUUACAGCUUGCAUGUUAAACACACACAUACACACUCUUCUACCUGAUGGUAUAUCUUGUUCAGGUAGCUAUUUAUUGUAGAGGCUUAACAUGUUCUUAUUAAGACUGACUCCUUUGACACUAUGGAGAAUGAGCCAUUAAUAUCAUGACCUGUGCAGUAUUACAUGACUAUGGAACUGAACAGUUAAUCUGGCAGUUUACUGAAGGUAUUAUUGUUACACAAGAAAACAACAUGUACUGUACAUAUACAAUAGUGUAGUGUGAAAGGUCAACACUGUCUUCGUGAAUUAUCAUUCUGUGUUUCAGUCAUUCAGUUAUUGUUUGCUGAUGUUAAUAGCUGUACUAAUAUAUUUGAUGACUCCUCUACACAAGAGUUAUGAUGCAGUGUGAAAUAUCAACAUUAUGGGUGAAAAAAAAGUCAUUCUGUGCUAAAAGUCAAUUAUAGUAAAUGUUGAAAGCUUGAAAAUAUUCACAACAUUCUUCAGUUGCUAAUACAGAAUGCACAAGUGUUUUGUUUGAGGCUUUAUAAAAUGUAUGCAAUAGGCACUUUUAACUUUGAUACAAAGCUUAUAAUUGCACAAACUCUUGUAAAUAAUGGAUUCCUUUGGAAAACUUAUUAAAAAAAAGUUAAAUAUAUAUUAUAUAUCUAUACAUUA